GGCCAGCCCGGCUGAGGCGCCGCUGCCCGAGAGGGGAUCCGAGCCGUGGCUCCGGGCGGGAGGCCAUGCUGGACUUCGCCAUCUUCGCCGUCACCUUCUUGCUGGCGCUGGUGGGAGCGGUGCUCUACCUCUACCCGGCGUCCAGACAAGCUGCAGGAAUUCCGGGGGUUCCACCAACGGAAGAAAAAGAUGGUAAUCUUCCUGAUAUCGUGAACAGUGGAAGUUUGCACGAGUUCCUGGUGCAUUUGCAUGAGCGAUAUGGGCCUGUGGUCUCUUUCUGGUUCGGCAGGCGCCUUGUGGUUAGUUUGGGCACUGUCGAUGUCCUGAAGCAGCAUAUCAACCCUAAUAAGACGUCGGACCCUUUUGAAACCAUGCUGAAGUCAUUAUUAAGGUAUCAGUCUACUGGUGGGAACGUGAGUGAAAACCACAUGAGGAAAAAAUUGUAUGAGAAUGGUGUGACUGCCUCUCUGCAGAGUAAUUUUGCUCUCCUGCUCAAGCUUUCAGAAGAAUUAUUAGAUAAAUGGCUCUCCUACCCAGAGUCCCAGCAUGUACCCCUCUCCCAGCAUAUGCUUGGUUUUGCUGUGAAAUCUGUUACACAGAUGGUAAUGGGUAGUACGUUUGAAGAUGGCCAGGAAGUCGUUCGCUUCCAGAAGAAUCAUGGCACAGUUUGGGCUGAGAUUGGAAAAGGCUUUCUAGAUGGAUCACUUGAUAAAAGUGCAAAUCGGAAAAAACAAUAUGAAGAUGCCCUUAUGCAACUGGAAUCUAUUUUAAAGAAAAUCAUAAAAGAACGAAGAGGAAUGAACUUCAAUCAACAUAUUUUCAUUGACUCCUUAGUACAGGGGAACCUUAAUGACCAACAGAUCCUAGAAGACAGUAUGAUAUUUUCUUUGGCCAGUUGCAUAAUAACUGCAAAAUUGUGCACCUGGGCAAUCUGUUUUUUAACCACCUCUGAAGAAGUUCAGAAAAAAUUAUAUGAAGAGAUAGACCAAGUUUUUGGGAAGGGUCCUAUUACUCCAGAGAAAAUUGAGCAGCUCAGAUAUUGUCGGCAAGUGCUUUGUGAAACUGUUCGGGCUGCCAAGCUGACCCCAGUUUCUGCUCGGCUUCAAGAUGUUGAAGGAAAGGUUGACAAAUUUAUUAUUCCUAGAGAGACUCUUGUCCUUUAUGCCCUUGGGGUGGUACUUCAGGAUCCCCGUACUUGGCCGUCACCACACAAGUUUGAUCCAGAGCGGUUUGAUGAUGAAUCGGUCAUGAAAACUUUCUCCUUGCUUGGAUUCUCAGGCACACAGGAGUGCCCGGAGUUGAGGUGUGCGUAUAUGGUGACCACAGUACUUCUGAGUGUAUUGGUGAGGAGACUGCACCUGCUUUCUGUGGAGGGCCAAGUUAUUGAAACUAAGUAUGAACUGGUAACGUCCUCCAAGGAAGAAGCUUGGAUCACUGUCUCAAAGAGAUGUUAAAAUCUUAUGUGCUUAGCUUUGUUGAAGAACAUGACCAUUUAGAAAAUCUGUGUUUACUCCUUUUAUAAACCAAGUAUCAUUGUGUAAUAUGAACACCUGUUAGUACUUAAUUAUGUAAAUUUGGAUUUUUGUAUAUCAGAUUUUCUUAAUGUGUGAUAUACAUUUAUACUUAUUACAUCAAUAUAGUGAUUAUUUUAAUGGGACACUUUCUACUUUUAGUUUUUGUUUUAUCACUUUCUAUGCCAUUGUCUUUGUAUUCUUUUGCUUAGUUUGAUUUCUAAAAUUAAUAUUCUUGAAGAGAGAAGUUAUUUUGCAGAAUUUGGUGAAUCGCGUUUUCAGAAUAUUCAUAAAAGAGAAACAUAGUUCUAACUCCUUUACCUAUUUCCAAUAAAUCACCUUAAAGGGAAACAAAAGGACUUCCCAUAAUUUUGUUUCUUGAAUUAAUAUUUUAAUUUUUCUCACUGUAAAUUACUUUGUUUAGUCAUUGUUAUUAGAUUUGAGUACUUUAUUGGGUAACCUGCCUUGUGUUUGCUAUUUUUAUGCCUUUCCAGACAAUAGUGUUCAUUUCAUGGCUUAUACAAGACUCUUCAUUUUGAACAGCUCUGAAUCAUUUGGAAAAUAAUACAGUUGUUUUUUAAUGUGUUUUGAAGUACCCCUCCUAAGUGACAAACUAAGAUUGAGGCUUGUCGGUCCUGUUUGCUGGAAAUCUUAGCAGCACUAUAUUACUCUACUAAUGAUCAUUUGUGGAGAAAACAGAAUUCCUAAAUGUAUUAUUUAUUAUUGUCAUAUACUAAACAUAAUGAACUUAUUAAAAAAAUGAGAGCGCCCUAAUCAAAAACCAAAACCAAAUUAAAAAAACAAAAAGAAAACAAAGAUGGGUAAAAAUAUUUGCAAAAUAUAUGACAGAAAGGGAUAAUAUCCAUAUUAUAUUUAAAGAACUCCUGCAAAUUGGUAAAAAAACAUACAGUAGAUAAAUGGACAAAAGACAUGAGUAAACAGCCUUUACAGGAGAAAAUAGCUAGUAAACUUAGAAAAAGGUGAAUCUUGCUAGUAAGCAAAGAAAUACUGGGGCUAUUUCAAAAAUAUUUUAAAUAUCUUUCAAGAUUUACACUUGAGUACUGAUAAGGUUUAUAUUUAAUACUCUUUUUAUUGAUAGCAUUGUAGCUUAGUCCACCUUUUUCAGUUACGCUCUUGUUGAAGAAUUGUGUUUUUAAAGACACUUGAAGGAAGUGUGGCAAGUGCAGCUACAGAGACGAGGAAGGAGAAUGACGCAUGUUUUGCAAGUGGGCUUAUUUCUGACGCUGCUGAAUUUCACCUGUCAUUUUAGUUUUGUGAAUGUACCCUAGUUAUUAAUUGAGUUAAUUUAUGCUGUUUGUGGUCAGACAGCUGACGUUUUGGACCUAGUUGCGAGUGGUUAACAUAGAAUUUAAAUAAUUAGAUGCAGCCUUUACUUCUGACAAAAAUGUUUAAUUUAUGGAAUAAUUUAAGUCCUUAAACUUUAAGUGAAAUGGAUUCUUUAGUUCCUAGCAUCUUGUUGUUGUUUCUAAAAAGGCACGUUGUUAAAUGUGUCCCCUCUCACCUGUCAUUUUUUAUGGUUUGUGUUUAUAGAGCAUCUUCCUUUGUUAUCCAGGUACCUUAAUUGGUUUGGAAACUGGCAGUGGAAGGUUAGAGUGAGCAAUUGAUGUGUAAACCAAGUGUCAGUAAAAUCAGAUGAGAUAAGUGGGAUUUUAAAGCAAGUGAGCCCUGAUCAGCAAUGAGCAAGGAGAAACAGCAGCUGAGACAGAGUGGGGGAGGGGGCGUAUUGCCAAUAAAUGAGGCAGUGUAUAAUUGUCAGUAAUGAUUGGAAUCAAGGAAAACAGGGGAUGGAAGAAUCAGCUAAAUAAGAACGUUUUAUCCAUAGUUACAUGACCAACUUAAACAUUAAAAAUAAAUCCUCUUCUAGAGAAUUUUUAAAAAACAAAAGUACUGUUAUCAUGUGUAAACUAAGUUAUCCGUUCGUUCCCUGUUGUUCUUAGUGCCCCUUUGUCAGUCCAGCAACUGGAAGUUUAGUAGCCUCAGUGUCACUGACGGUUCGAAGCAGGACUCGAGCAGGAGUUUUACAGCUUUUUGGUUUUCUUAAAACUUUCUUCACUGGUUUUGCUCUGCAUUCUUUUUGAUAGCUCAGAAGUUUAUUGUUAAAAACAUCAGCACAACACAUUUUUUAUGGAAUGAAAAGGCUCUUCCACACUUCGUGCUAAUAAAAUUGAAGGCAAGUUAAUUCUGUGCGUGUGUUUGGGAAAAAUGAAGAGCUCACAUGCUGUUCAUCUGGCCCACAAAUGUGCAGUGCCAUUUCUUUAUAUAAAUAGAUUCUCUUUGUUUUAUAGACUCUGUGUCAAAAUUUAUUUAUUUGUUUUCUUUAUCUUAAAAUAGUUUGCACCUUAAAAACAAAAUGUCCUAUUUUUAUUAUGAAAAUUAUAUAGGCUUAUUGUUGAAAAAUCUAGGAAAUACGGAAACACAAAAAUGGCAAACUCAGUCCCCUUUAGUCCCACUACUUGAAAUUAGCUGAUGUUAAGCUCCUGAGGUAGAGCCUUCUACUCUCUUUUUUUAUCCACAUAUAAUUUUUACAGAUGUAUUAUACAUAAUGUUUUCUUCAUUUAAUUUAUUAGGAACUAAUAGUGUUUUCUACAACUGGAAAUUUAGUACUUUUCUUACUCAGAAUGUAAGCACAGAUUUUUGUCAUUCUUACUUUUUCUCUCUUUCCCUUCUCAUAUAUUCCUGUUAUUCUUUUCAACUUUAAAAAUGACCUCACUUCUCCAUUCAUUUUAUCAAAACAGUUAUGUAUUUGUUGUAUAUUUAGCAUCUAAGUUGCUAAAGUCAUAGAACAAUCUGGGUGUUAAAGUCAGCAUUUAAGAAAUGAAGUUACUUCUCUAUCCUAAGAAGAAUCUUUGGUAUAGUUAAGUUCAAGUUGAGAUGGGGUUUCAACUUUUAGGAGGAGAUGUUAAGCAUCUUUGUUGUUAUGUUUGGACUCUGGAGAAAACAGAUGAAGAUUCAUCCCUGCAGACAUCUUUGUUUCUCUCCAGACCCAUAUAAAGCACUGUUAACCUAUAAAGUCUGCUUUUUUCACGUGUGGUUAUGUUGACAUGUUGAAAACUGCUUAAACAAACAGAAUUCUACUGAGCGUGUAAAACUGAGGACACACAGUGACAUCAAGGAGUAGUUUAGUAGCUGUGAGAGAAGUGGACACUGUUUUCAAGGGCAGAUUUAAUAAUGUCAGCAAAUUGAUACUAGUGACCUUAUUUUUCUUCUUAGCCAGUCCUAUGCCUGUUUCCUAAGUUACUAAGACCAGUGAUUAAGGUAGAAGGGGAGGAGUUGGGGGGGGUAUGACAACAAAGCAGUUACUGUUACUACAGAAGUCGGAGGAACCAGCGCAGCCAGAGCGCGCAGCACAGUGUGGCCUCGAGCCCUCGCCAGGGCCCUGCGCUGAUAAAGGGGGAGACGGAGCUGCCAGUAGCCGUUAGCUGAAAGCAGGACACAGGCCUGGGGCUUUGUUAGAAACCAAAUACUGUACGGACCUAUCUCGUUCAGUCGUUACAGCAUUAACAGUAGGUCCAGUGACAAACUAAAAUAGUUUUUCAUUCCUGCUAGAAGAAAUACUGUAAAUGAAGAUAGGCAAAUACUGGCUAAGAAACAGUAAGUAAAAGAUCUAAACUUCAGAUUAUCGUAGACUCUUCAGUGGGAUUUAUUGGUGUAUUUUGUUCUAUUUAAGAGGGAAUCAAGCAAUAAUUUCAAAUGAGGUACUGCAUAAUAGCUAAAGAAAAUACUUAAAAGAGUAAUGUAACAGUGGUAUUAAAAACGUCUUAAAAAAGAAAACUAAUAUUGCCAACUCACCACAUUUGUACAACUGUGUAAAUUUUUUCUGUUUACACACACACACACAUAUAUAUUUUUUUUGGUCAGGAAGAUUGGCCCUGAGCUCACAUCUGUUGCCAGUCUUCCUCUUUUCGCUUGAGGAA